UUUCCUUGAUUCCUUCCCACAAAGCCAGUAAGCCACAGCCAUCAACAGCGGUUUUGAGUUUCCCUUCUCAGUUCUAACCGUUACGCUUCGGAGUCAUACUCGCAUUGACUCACCCAGCGGUAGCGGGGCUCCUCCACCCAUUAAGCUAACGUCUAACGUCUAACUUCUAACGUCUAACGCCCUUCGCCUUCAGUUACAUCCACCGCACACACCAACACCAUAGAGCCGUUUCUUCACUGCAACACCUCAUUCACUUGCGCAGGUAACAGGCACAGAUCUGGAACGAAGCAAGAAUAGGUUCUACCCAACUGACUCAUGCAGCAGUUUAGUAGUAUGCUUGCAGUGUAAAUAAACAAGCCGAAACACCUCGUUCCCUUUUGCUGCUGGAAGUGGAAAAUACUUGGAAAAGGGUGGAAAUGGAGUUCCUACGUAUUUUGUUAUCUUCCAUUUGUUUGUUGGUUGUGAUUGAUCACUGGCAAGGAAAUGCUGAACCUGUCGAAGAUAAGGAAGCUUUGCUUGAUUUUGUGAACAAAUUCCCUCCUUCUAGACCUCUGAAUUGGGAUGAGACCUCCUCCAUGUGUGCCAAUUGGACCGGAGUCACUUGCAGUGAAGAUGAGUCCCGGGUCAUCGCCAUUCGUCUGCCGGGGGUUGGAUUUCGUGGCCCAAUUCCGCCGGAUACUGUUAGCCGCCUCUCGGCACUGCAAACUUUGAGCCUCAGAUCCAAUGUCAUAACUGGGCGGAUACCUUCUGACUUUUCUAAUUUGAAGAACUUAACUUUACUGUAUCUUCAGUUCAACAAUUUCUCUGGUCCUUUGCCUGAUUUCUCAGUUUGGAAGAAUCUUACUAUUGUCAAUCUGUCCAAUAACCAUUUCAAUGGCAGCAUUCCUGAUUCCCUUUCCAAUUUGACCGAGAUUGCUGGUUUGAACCUUGCAAACAACUCGCUUUCUGGCGAAAUUCCCAAUCUCCAGUUGCCAAGACUGCAGCUGCUGAAUCUGUCUAACAACAAUUUGCAUGGGAGUGUGCCUAAAUCCCUCCAGAGGUUUCCUGAUUCGUCAUUUUUUGGAAAUAAUAUUUCUCUUGGGAGCUCUCCUGUUGUUCCGCCAGUGCCUCCUCCGGUUUAUGGGCCUUCUUCAAGAUCUAAGAAGCAUGGAAGGCUAAGCGAAACAGCACUGCUGGGAAUUACUAUUGCCUGUGGUGUUCUAGGCCUUGUGGCAUUUGUUUUCUUGAUCUUUGUAUGCUGCUCAAGAAGGAGGGGUGAAGAUGAUGAUGCCUUCAGUGGGAAGUUGCACAAGGGUGACAUGUCUCCCGAGAAAGCUGUAUCGAGGAACCAGGAUGCGAAUAAUAAGCUGUCUUUCUUUGAGGGGUGUAAUUAUGCUUUUGAUUUGGAGGAUUUACUCAGGGCUUCUGCUGAGGUACUGGGAAAGGGAACGUUUGGUACUGCAUACAAGGCAAUACUGGAAGAUGCAACCACGGUUGUUGUGAAGAGGUUAAAGGAGGUAGCAGUUGGAAAGAAGGAUUUUGAGCAACACAUGGAAAUAGUAGGAAACCUUAAACAUGAGAAUGUGGUUGAGCUCAAGGCAUAUUAUUAUUCCAAAGAUGAGAAAUUAAUGGUAUAUGAUUACUAUAGCCAGGGGAGUGUCUCGUCAAUGUUACACGGUAAAAGAGGAGAGGAAAGAGUGGCUCUAGAUUGGGAUACUCGGCUGAAAAUAGCCCUAGGUGCUGCAAGAGGCAUUGCUCGUAUCCAUGUUGAGAAUGGAGGUAAACUCGUGCAUGGCAACAUCAAAUCCUCAAAUAUCUUCCUCAAUGCUAAACAGUAUGGUUGUGUAUCCGACCUUGGUCUCGCAUCCAUAAUGAGCUCACUUGCCUUACCCAUCUCACGAGCUGCUGGUUACCGAGCACCUGAAGUUACGGACACCAGGAAAGCGGCACAACCUUCAGAUGUUUACAGCUUUGGCGUGGUGUUACUUGAGCUUCUGACAGGGAAAUCUCCUAUUCACACAACUGGUGGGGAUGAGAUUAUCCACCUGGUGAGAUGGGUUCAUUCGGUUGUGCGAGAGGAGUGGACAGCUGAGGUGUUUGACUUAGAGCUGAUGAGGUAUCCAAAUAUAGAGGAAGAGAUGGUGGAAAUGCUACAGAUAGCAAUGUCAUGCGUGGUAAGGAUGCCCGACCAGAGACCAAAGAUGUCUGAAGUUGUGAAGAUGAUAGAAAAUGUGAGGCAAAUUGAUGCAGAGACUCGGCCGUCGUCGGACAACCAAGCAGAACAGAAAUUACCACAACAUGACAUCGAUAAUUCCCCUUCUUCCUCUCCCUCACCCUUGCCAAAAGGAAGUGAAUGAAAGAGAGAAAGAAAUCUAUUGGCUUUAUUUGAUUUGAUUGUAUCUGUCAAUGUUUUACUGAAAGUUCUGAACAAGAAUGAUUAAUUUUUGCCGCCCAUAUUCAAGUUGCAUGUGACUUGGUUAGUGGGUACUUCCCCCAUUCUUCCCUUACUUUAAUGUGACAUUAGAUUUGAGGUUGUUUUGUUUGCACCAAGAAAAGGACACCUUUUCCUUGGUAGAUGGUUUACUAUCUUUUCUGAACUUCUCCAUGCUGUAGGUUUAAGGUUUGUAAGGUUCUUGGAAUAUCAUAACAAGAGAUUGAAAUACGAAAAAGGUUGUUUGG